AUGUCUUCAACAAGCAGGGGAAGCCGGACAUUACGGUCCGUGCUAUCUUCUUCAUCAUCAAGCAUAUGCUCCCGAUGCGCUGCCACGACGAGAGCCGCCACCUCCUUGCGCUUCUAUUCCGCCGCCGCCACAGUCACCGAAACCACAACGACGGCGACACCAGCCGCCUCCGUGGCCUCUUCCUCCUCACAACCACCCGCCGCCCCCUACGACAUCCGCUCCGGGCUGAUCCUCACGCGGCCGCCGCUGCUGACGCGCGCGCUGCACCCCUUUGAGAGCGCCUUCUUCUUCUACCAGAAGCGGCUCGAGGAGCGCCUCAACACGAGCUUCAUCCCCGCCAUCUACUACAAGCCCGACACGCCGCGCCGCCUCGACUGGGACCUCAAGGUCAAGGAGCGCCAGGGCACCGUCGCCAAGGAGCUCGGCGACUACCACGGCAAGAGCGCGUCCGCCUGGGACGACGAGCUGCUCGUCGGCGACGGCCUGAGCGCGCCCGAGGCGACGGCCGACCGGCUCCUGCGCGACGCCCAGGCCCGCAUCAGCGACGAUGCCGAGGUCAUCGCCCCCGAGGACCUGGUCGAGGCCCCCGCGCCGCUGCCGCGCGAGACCGAGGCCGAUGCCAAGAACGACGUCAGGCGCCUCGACAGGAAGCUGGACCAGACGCUGUAUCUCGUCGUCAAGGGCAAGGAUGGCGCCUGGGGCUUCCCCGCCGAUGUCCUCGCCGAGUCGGAGAACCUCCACGUUGCUGCCCAGCGAGUCCUCGAGCAGGCCGCCGGCGUCAACAUGAACACCUGGAUUGUCGGCCGCGUCCCCGUCGCCCACCUCGUCGACGAGCCCACCCGAGCCCAGGACGGCGCCGUCCAGCAAAAGGGCCGCAAGACCUUCUUCCUCCGCGGCCGCAUCAUGGCCGGCCAGGCCGACCUCAAGGGCAACCCCCUCGGCUACACCGACUUUCAGUGGCUGACGCGCGAGGAGCUCGAAAAGGAGCUGCCCGUGGCCUACUUUCGCGGCGUCCGCAACAUGAUGUCUGAUCGGUAA